AUGGCGAAUCUAACUCUAGAGCUCAUCAUCAACUCUGCAAACAACCUUAAAGAUGUCAAUCUCAUCACAAAAAUGGACGUUUACGCCGUCGCUACCAUUUACGGCGACGACACCCAAAAGAACCAGAAGAUGAAAACAGCUAUCGAUCACUCCGGUGGCCCUAACCCAACUUGGAAUCACGGCGUCAAGUUCUCCGUCAACGAGAGGUUAGCUCGUGACGGUCGUUUGACUCUCGUCAUAAUAUUGAUAUCUCGUCGUCAUGUCCUUGGCGACAAAGAUAUCGGAGGAGUUAACAUCCCGCUACUUGAGCUGUUGGAUUCCAUUACGCCGUCAACUAACGGUGACGGUAACGGUAAGGAGAUGACGUUUGUGACGUAUCAGGUGAAAUCUCCGUCGGGGAAACGGAAAGGCAAUUUGACUUUCUCGUACCGGUUUAAUACGCCGCCGAUUAGACCGGAUUCUCCAGCGAUCGCUCACCCUCCGCCGCCGUCUAGAUUAGGUUACUCAUCUGCUUCACCACUGUCGCAAAUUGAGCGUUCGCCUUCAGCUCGACUGGAGCCCUUAGUUGAAUAUCCCCAGCUGUCUCAGCCGCCGCAUCAGAAAUAUUCCGACCAUCAGAAACUUCCCGACUCCGCCGGCUCGCGCUUUGAUCCUCUUCCAAUAUCCUACGGCGCUGGUUCAUUGCCUUAUCAGAAACCCGGUUACGCUUACCACCACGCGCCACCGCAGCAGUCGUGUUACGCAAACUUUGCGCCGUCAGCACCGAACCACCAUGGGUAUGGACAGAACGUUUAUGCGCCGCCGUCACCGGCGGGAUAUGGACACGGAUACCCAUCGCCUCAACAGCCGAGGGGAUUGGGCUUGGGCUUGGAUUGGGGGCUGGGCUUUUGGGUGGGCUGA